CGCGUCGUCCAAUCAUGUCCACGUCGCGGUGGUUCGACGCGAUAGACUCCUCGACGCCGUUCCACGCCGAGGUGUGGUCCCACGCCGACGCGCAGACCGUGCGCGACAGCGCGGCGUGGGACGACUUGGCCGCGAACGCGAUCAGACGGGCCCCGUCGGAGGCGUUCGCGAGCAGAUUCAAGACGUACUUCGUCAGCGAUUACGUCUUCGUCGAGGACUUCAUCGACCUCCUCGCGCGCGCGCUCGCGUCGUCGCGCGACUUUGAGCACAAGAAAGUCCUCGGCGCGUUCUUGCACUUGAUCUUACAGGGCGAGGCGAGCAUCUUCCGACGCAGCAUGAAGAAGCUGUGGGGCGUGGACGCGGACGCGAUAAAGCGCGAUCCGACGUCCGCGGGCGCCCUCGCGAUCGCGUCGACGGACGUGCCGCGUCGGAUGUCCGCGUUCCUGCGACGCGUCGCGGACGACGGCGACCACCUCGCGCGCGUCGCCGUGAUCGCCGUCGCGGAGGCGCUGUACUUGCACUGGGGGAAGCGCGUGACGACGAACUACGUGAUCGCCGUGAGCUUGGGCGUCGGCGCGGACGGCGUCGCCGACGACCGCGAGCUCUACGCGACGUGGUGCUACCCUCUGCACGCGUCUGACGAGUUCGAAGCGUGCGUGUGCGCGUUCGUGGAGGCGUUCAACGCGAGCUGGAGGGACGCGGGGGAGGAGAGUCGCGAGGCGUGUCGCGGGGUCGUCGCGGAGAUGUUGGAGUUAGAGGUGGAGUUCACCGCGCUGCUGCUCGCGUGACGAGAAGCGGGCGGGCGGGCUGCGGGGGGUUUCGCGCGACGCGCACAUUUUUAAUUUCAUCAUCUCCGCGCG